GAGGGGCGGAAGUGGCUGGGUGGUAGCGGUGUCCGGGUAACGCUGCGCAUUUCGCGGUGCGGCGUGACCGUGUCGUAUGGGUUGUGGCACUUGCUUGACCUCUGGACGGGAAGGAGGAAGCCUUGUUCUGGCCCCCGCUGUGACCCUGUCUCGCUGCGGAAACCCGGCGAGUCCCCCAGCGAGUCCUUCCCCGCAGUAGCCUCAGCCUCACCAGCUAAUAAAGUUUGCUAACCUCCUUCCGGCUCUACGAGCCUUUGACUCUCAGGGGGCGUGGCCAGAGGCGCUUCCUAGAGAUGGGGCCUAGCAACGUCGGGCGUCUGGUCGCGAGGAAGCCGGCUCAGGCCCGGAGGUCCCUCGGGAAGGGGCCCCAUGGCGGACUCCGAAGAGGUGCGAGGGGGAAAGCUAAAGCAAAGGAGAACUGAGGACUUGAGACGUAAUGCUCUGGGGUUUGACCAGGCUCCCUUAGAGCACAUCCUGAAGCCAUGGGUGUUUCCAGGCCCAGAGGGAACCCUUCAGCGUGUCUUUGGGACCAGUCAGGUGUUCUGGAGAGUUGAUGAUACAAAACCAAAGGUCGUGGGGCUAACGGUGCCCCUCAAAGUCAGGGAGUACUGCCAUGAAGGCCAUCAGUGCUUGGAGCAAAGGGACUGGGAGACCGCUGUGCUGCUGUUCUCCCGUGCCCUCCACUUGGACUCCCAGCUGGUAGACUUCUACGCCCUACGGGCCGAGGCCUACAUCCAGCUCUGUGACUUCUCCUCGGCUGCCCAGAAUCUUCGAAGGGCUCACUCCUUCCAGCCGGAGAACGCCAGCUACCUGGAGCGCCUCACCUUCGUGCUUUACCUGCAGGGCCAGUGUCUGUUCGAGCAAUGUGCCUUCCUUGAUGCCCUACAAGUCUUCUCAAAAGCCUCUGCACUCCAGCCUGAGAAACCCUGCUUCCGUUACCAAUGCAUGGCCUGUCUCCUGGCCCUCAAGCGCCAUCACGACUGCCUCUCACUAGUCAGUAAGGAGGUGCAGUGUGGCACGACCAAUGCCGAUGUCUACAUCCUCCGGGCCAGGCUCCACAACUUCUUCCAGAAGGCAGAAGCCCUGACCCACCCCACCCCUCAGCUACCUAGCCGGGUGGUGGUUCCAUCUCUGUGCCAGGUUUGCGCCAGUCCCUGGAAACCACCAGGUGAGAGACCUAUGUCAUCCCUGCCCUUGCAGAUCUCACAGCCCAGGGGGGAUGUUCCUAAGCAGAUGCCACACACAAUGAUUUCACGAGUGUCUGUAGCACCCAGGGAGGUGGUACCCAGGGACCCAUUAGAGAAGCCCAAGCUCUGCUAUCAAGACCUGCACAGUGCCUUGCUACUGGAUCCUAAGCACCCACAGGCCAAGGUGCUCCUCCAGAUGAUGGUGGACCAGGCCCAGCAGGCACGCCAAGAUGCCGGGAUCCUAGCCGUGCAGGGCAAGCUACAGCAUGCGCUGCAGCGUAUCAGCAGUGCCAUCGAGAACAACCCUCUGGACCCCAACCUCUUCCUCUUCCGGGGCACCAUAUACCGACGGCUCCAGGAGUUUGAUGCUGCGGUGGAGGACCUCCUGAAGGCUCUGGACAUGACGACUGAGGGGGACAUGGUGCAGCAGGCGCAGCGGCAGCUGCUACUGGCCUACAGUGACUUCGCUGUGCACCGCUCCAUGCAGGGCGCCUACCAGGAGGGUGUGCUCCCGCUCAGUAAGGCUCUCAGGACGAGCAGCAGGAGAAAAGCCUCUACAUCAACCGCGGAGCUGCUCCCACUGAUGACCAGCCUCUUCCCUGGCAUGUCGGUGGAGGAGGUGCUUAGCAGCCAGGUGGCUCACUUGUCCAGGCUGCAGCUGCACCGGGUGGUAGAGAGUGCUGCACAGGCCAGCAUUGCCCAAGGCAUCAUGGGGCAGCUCAGGAAGCAGGAACUAGAGCGCCAGAAGGCUCGGGCCCUGCCAUCCUCCUGGAUGCUGGGACAGACUUUGUCUGAGACCUCUGAAGAGCAGAAGGCCACUCCCCAGGCCCUGCAGGCAGAGCCCCACCGCCCAGAGGAAGAGGCCCAUGCUCCCAAGGAACAGGAGGAAGAAAAGGAGGAGAAGCCAGAGCUUAUCCCGAGCAAGCGGAGGCCCCUGUCUGACAGCUACCUCGACCAGACCUCUUCGGGCUCCGUCUUGGGCUUCAGAACCAUGUCCAUCCUAGGGACAGAGACAUCCACUAUCUGCCAGGAGUACAGGCGCACCUCGACCACUGCGGUGACGUUCUCUGGCUCCUCAUUGCUGAAGACUCAGUCCUCAGAGUUGGGGAGUGACAGGGACCUCAGCCUGUGCCACAGCCCCAGGAAAACCAAGACCACCCAGAGUCACAGGCCCAGCAAGUUGGAGGCCAUGCAGGGCCACAGCCACAAGUCCAGCAGGAUGGAGGCCGCACAGAGCCAGAGUUCUAGCAAGACAGAGGCUAUGAAGGGCCAGAGCUGGAGGCCCAGCAGGACCAAGGCCACCCAGGGCCCAAGGUAAAAGCCCAAGACCAAGGCUCCCCAGGGUCCAAGACAGCAUCUAAGAAGGGCCAAAGUUGCCUGUGGUUGGGGCUGGGGACCCAGCAAAGCUGAUGCCACCCAGGGAUGAUGUUGGGGACUGAACUGAAGUUCUAGCAAGACUUUCUGUGACCCAAGUAGGAGCCCCAGCAACAGCGAGGUCACCCGAGGCCAGUGCCAGAGGCCUAACAUGACCCAGGCUGUCCAGAGCUGGAGCCGGAACACCAGCACAGGUGCCAGCAAGACCACGCUCACCUGGGGCUGCAGCCCGAAUCUUAGCAAGACCCGGCCCAGCACAGGGCCCGAGCCAGAACCCCAGCCCCAGUAGUUAUGCUUUUCUGGGGAAGGGCCACUUAGCCCCCUCGUUUCUUGCCGGGGAUGGGGAGCUUCGACCCUCCCUGCCUCCCGCUCUGACACCAGUACUCAGUAAAGCCACUUUCUUCUGAAGAAAUCAGAAACCUCAGCCAACAUUCCUCUGAUCCCAAGGCUAAGUUUAUUGUAUUUGUUCUCCUUUUACAAAAUUAAAAACUUUAAAAACCAGG